AAGGCCUGCCCCAGAGUGAGAGAGCACUCCCUGCCCAGCUGUGUAAGGGAGGGCUGACAGCAUUACCACCACUACCACCACAACCACUAAGCAUGAAGCUCCUGGGAAUUGCCUUCUUUUUCUUAGCUGUACUCUGUGUUUGUGCUGUGGGAGAAGAUGGCAUUCCAACCCCUACUCUCAGUUCAACCAUUUCUGCAUCAGGAUCAAAAUCCGUAACAGAAUCUAUGAAGACAUCAACUUCACAAGUAACACCAUCGCAAGCGUCAGUGCCAACAACAACUGUAAUUGGAGCUACAACUGAAUCCAUCACAAACACAUCCAUGUCUUCUUUGUCGAAUGCUACACAAGGUAUAACACAAGAUACAACAACACAAGCAGUGGUAAAAGUGACAACUACAACACCAAAUGAAAGUUUCAGCACAAUAAACCCUACACAAGCAAGUGCAACAGAGUUGCCACAAAAUGGGAGUUCAGAAGAUUCAUCUACUAAGGGAUCAUCUUAUUCUUCUACAGUCUCUCCAGAAAUAAACACUUCUGCUUCUGGAACCUCAGGCCUUCCUGUGAGCUCUCCAACGGAAUCAACAACUUCUGGCAGUCGUGGAAGCAGUCCUGGAGAAGAUGAGAAAGGGACAGAGAGUGAUAUCCACUAUUCUAGUAUUAUCUUGCCAAUUGUUAUCACCCUGAUAGUCAUUACCCUCUCUGUCUUCUCACUGGUGGCUUUGUACAAAAUGUGCCAGAAGAAAACUCCAGAGAGACAAGAGAAUGGCGCUGAACAGGCCCAGUCAGACAAAGAUGGAGUCAAACUUCUUUCUGUGAAGACAACUUCUCCUGAGACUGUUUUUGUAGAAGCACGUGAUAUUUAUGAGGUUGGCUUCUCACUGCCCUCUGCCAAUCUAUCUGAGUCCACUACUCCUCCUCCAUCAGGAGAGGUGCCACAAGGCAGGACCACAGGAGAGCACUCAUCUCAGGGGAAGAAUAAAACUCGGCAACUCUUCACAUCUCAGCAAUAAAUAUAUGUGAAGCACCCUGUUUUAUCACAAUGUGCAGGAAUAUACCACCAAAAUUGCAGUUCCAUGGGAAAUGUGGACCAGCUGAAGCUUUUUACCAGACAGGACACUUGUGUUAAUGACCAGCUCUUGACUUCUCAAGUGUCUUCUGUCCCUUCUGGAAUAUGUAAUUUUUUUGAAGGCUUAAUAACUGGUAUAUCAUAUGUAUUUAUUAUUUUCACAUAUAGUAAAAGCAGGGAAACAAGGUUGACGAGAAUGUAAAAAUCAGGUGGUUUACAUAGUACUUACUAAAAAUGUUUUCUGCACAUACAGGGAGGAAUAUGUCAGCAUACUUUGUUGAACUUACAGUACCUAGGGUUCUUUCAAUUGUAUGUAGCAAAAUACAAACAGGGCCUGACCCUUGAAACAGUACUGGGCAAAUAGCCACUAUGAAAAUUAAUUCAGUGAUUUCCAUGAGACUCCUCACUGUAGCACAUGCUUUGCUUGUCAUAAAUGUUUACAGGGUGGGAUGCCUGGGUGGAAUGCUGAAGUGUGUGCUUUUUUCUGUUAAGGGGGGAAUAUACCUUGCACUGAGGCUCUUUGAAGUUCUGUAAAUUACUGAAUAUGAUCCUUGUAAUGUAACAGGCAACAGAGUUUAUUUUCACCUGUUCCUUGGCUAAUUGCAUUAUGUGUGCUACAAAUAUGACUUCUAUAUAGCCUGGGGCACACUGUGGGAAUCAGCAAGACAAGCAAUUUUACAGAUGAACCUUCUUCCCUGUGUUCUGAGUAAUGUAUGGGAUUCCUGUAGGUUACUGAAUAACUCUGGAAGUUUAGGGAGUGUUUCAAGUGCUCAUUAAAGACACUCUUAACUUGUACAGAGCUGGCAAUUCCAAAAUAUCAAGUAGUGCUCAUACCUGCAUGUAUCCUACUUUUCUAGAACUAUAAAUGUUUGAAAAUUAUAUUACUGUGAGCAUCUGCUCAGUUUGAAUCCCUCGAUUCUUGUUAGUGUCCCAAGAACUUCCGUUGCUUUACUGGGGAAUGGAAAGAAGACAGCUGGUGGCCUAAGGGCAGGACCAAGAUUCAGGAUGAUGAUCUACGUUUUUAUACCUAUUGAUACAAUGCUUUUGAGAAACUUCUCUCUCCAAUUCCCUUUGCUGAAAUUUUAAAACUUACCUACCAGUAUGGUAAGAGAUUGAGCAGAAUUAUUAAUUCAUGUUUAUAUACAAAUCUCAAAAGGGUUCAUUUCCCUGUGCUUGACCAUUGCUCUUACACUUUGGUGGGUCUAAUAAUCCUCUUUCUUAGCGGCACCAUGAGAAAUAUCUGAUGAACCUCUGUAAAAGAUGGGGAACAAACAAGUGUCCUCCAUGCUGCAGCUGAACUUAUGUGGUUCAUUCAGGUAUUCCUGAAUCACCUGGGUUCCUCAGAAGCAGAGAAGUCUUGGAUACCUACUUUGGAAAGGUCAGGCCAUCUAAAAUAUGCUAGUUGGCAUCUGCAGCUAUUCAGAUUCCUGAUUGAUGAAGUUUUCCUCAAUAAGAGCAAUCAUUGCGGAUUGAUUUUCAUGUUGAUUAAAAAAAAAAUAUUUUGUAACAUGUUGCAUCAUAGCGAAAGGACAGUAGAAAAAAGCAGAGAAAGAUUGUGAAAUAUAACUUUGUGUGUGUGUGCAAAAUUUGUUCAGAAACUACCACAGUGUGUCAAGAAAAAAAAUUAUUUCUGCCUAUUAAAAGUUAUUAUCUUUA